UGGCAAUCUUUACUUUAAAGAAAGAAAAUUAUUUCAUUAUUUCACUUAACGCAGUUUAAGUUUAGUCAUAUAUUUAUUUAUUUUGCGUGACUGAAUCUAUAAACAAAAAAAAUGUAUCAAGAAUAUUUAAAUCAAUUACAUGUCUCAAUAUUCCCUCUUACCACAGAAGAACUUCGAUUACUACUUAACGAUGAUGAAAAACUUGAAGAAAAAGUGGACGAGGUUUUAGAAAACUUAAAGGCGCAAAAGGAUGGUUUAUUUGAAGAAAAUCGAGAAAAAGCUGAACGAAAUAUUGAAAAGGAACCAGAAAUCAUUGAAUUAAAGGGUAAAUUAGCAGAACUUACUGAAAGGGGUAAACUAUGUUGUGAAGCUGUGCAAGAGAAAUUAGCCGCAAUUAAAGAUAAAUCAGGUAACAUUAGUCAGGAGACUGCCUUAGCCUUACUGCAAACUGCUGCCGCCGAAAGUGAAGAGGCUUCGGAGAAUUUAGUUAAAAAAUUCACUGACAAUGAAUUGACUGUCGACAGUUUUUUGGAAGAGUUCUUAAAUGCACGAAAAAUCAUGCAUUUACGUAAACUGAAAGCCGAGAAAAUGCAAGAACUUAUGAGGCGUCAAGCAUUGGGUACUUCAAAUCCGACAUCACGCGGUGUAGGUUAUGGUAAUGUACCCGCCUCCAACUUUUAUUUACCGCCCCAUCCACCUACGCAGUUCGGCGGAGGAACCCCUUAUCCUCUAGGUCCAAUGAUGCCAAUGCCGCCACCUCGACCAUAUUAAUCGUUAUGCAAUUUAAGCCAAUAAAUAGUUGUUGAAAGAUUUAAACAAAACUUAAUAUAAUUGGAUUUAAAGAAAAAAAUCCUUAAAAAAAGUUCACAAUUGCAAUUGACACUUUUUUUUUUUAUUGAAUUCAUUUCAUCCUUUUGUAAAAUAAGUUUAUGUAAGCGUUCAUGUAAACAUUCAUUCGACCACUUUAAUAAAGUUGUUUCUCUUAUUAAUUAAUUAAUUCAAAAAA